AUGUGCCCUGAAUACCAUGCAGUCUCCCAACCUAUCACAAUGGUUCCCCGGAGAUCGGGCAGUUUUCCGGGAAACGAAGCGGCGAACAACAUUUUAUCACCACGCUCCGAAACUGGGGGCCUUGGCGUUAAAAUGGUCGAAUACGUGUUGGGCACUUCCCCGACGAACAAGGACUUAGAAGGUAGAAUGCGGGGUUUGGUAAUGAACUCUGCUGAUUCAGAUAAAAAAGAUAAGGAAAAAGCUCCAAACUCCCCCUACGACUCAAAUAAAAAAGAUAUGGAAAAUGGUAACGCUGUAAAUGUACAAGCCAAUGGAAUUGUUCAGAAUGGACUGUGUGACGAUGACAAAGGGUUCAACCGGACGCCUGGCAGUCGUCAGCCCUCGCCUUCAGACGAGGACAUAAACAAAAAUAAUGGAGGCAUGGUGGGCGGAGGUGGUGGCGGGCCCAUGAAGGGCCACCCCCAGGAGAACCACAACGGGCCGGAGAACCACAUGAACCACACGCUGCAGCAGCUCAACCACCACCACCAGAUGAACGCACACCACGCCAUGAGCCAGCACCCGCACCACCUCAACGCCGUGCAGCAGCACCUCACCGUCAACAUGAGCCUGCAGCAGCAGGCGCAGCAGGCCGCCCAGCAGCAGGCGCAGCAGGUGGCGCAGCAGCAGGCGCAGCAGCAGGCCCAGCAGCAGGCCGCCCAACAGCAGCAGGUGCAGCAGCAGCAACAGCAACAACAGCAACAACAGCAGCAGCAACAGCAAAUGCACAACCACCUCAACAUGGAGAGCAUGAACGAGCACUUCCAGCACGUCAUGACCCUGGACCCCGCGCAGACGAUGGCGCAGGCGCAAGCCUUUGAGGCCGGAUACCACCAGGGCCCUGGGCCGACGGCGGCGGCCCCUCCGGGGGCCAUGCUGGCCCAGCAGCAGAACGCGGCCGGCGGUCCCGGCGCGCAGGGCAUGGACUCUCCCGGCGUCCUGCCGCCCAACUUCGACAUACAGGUGAGUGUCCCUGUCCCCGUCGUGCCCAUAAUAUAUCGUCCAGCUUGCC